CCACCUUCUCCAACAGGACUAGCCUGGCUGCCCAGAGUGGCAGUGUCCGCAGCCAAUUGGAGAGCAUAUGCGCGGAAAGUGUGUUCAAUGGGCGAUGUCCGAGGGAGGCUGUCAGUCAGGUGGCGGUGGCGGAGGCCGGGCUAAGACGUGGCCGGGAUAACGCAGCUGGCGGUCCAGACCGUCCGGGCGGCGGCAGGGACUUUAGCGCUUCCACGUCUUGGUCGGGGGCUCCGAGAGACAGCAGAGGCGGGCGUCGGGGCUGCAUCUCCAUGCCCGCGCGCAGAGCGGGCCGCUGAUGGAGCGCGCCACCCGCCCGGGGUCGCUGGCGCGGGCGCUGUUACUGUUGCUGCUGCUACUGGGGCUCUCGACCGGAAUGGUGGUCGCGCGGCGCGCCUCGGAGCUCCCGACACCGACCUCGAAGGCGGCGUUCGGCCUGGGGGCCGCGGCCGCUCCCACCUCGGCCGCGCGGGUGCCGGCUUCCGGCGCCGUGACUGCAGCCGAGGUGACAGUGGAGGACGCCGAGGCGCUACCGGCGGCCGCGGGCGAGCAGGAGCCACGGGAUCCGGAACCCGACGACGAUCCUGACCUUCGGCCGUUCGGCAGAUCACUAGUGAUUAUCAGCACUUUGGAUGGCCGAAUUGCUGCCUUGGAUCCUGAGAAUCAUGGUAAAAAGCAGUGGGAUUUGGACGUGGGAUCCGGGUCCUUGGUGUCAUCCAGCCUUAGCAAACCAGAGGUAUUUGGGAAUAAGAUGAUCAUCCCUUCCCUGGAUGGAGACCUCUUCCAGUGGGACCGGGACCGGGAGAGUAUGGAAACAGUUCCGUUUACAGUUGAAUCACUUCUUGAAUCUUCCUAUAAAUUUGGAGAUGAUGUUGUCUUGGUUGGAGGAAAGUCUCUCACUACAUACGGACUCAGUGCAUAUAGUGGAAAGGUGAGGUACAUCUGCUCAGCUUUGGGUUGUCGCCAAUGGGAUAAUGACGAAAUGGAACAAGAAGAAGACAUCCUGCUUCUGCAGCGCACCCAGAAAACCGUGAGAGCUGUUGGACCUCGCAGUGGCAAUGAGAAGUGGAAUUUCAGUGUUGGCCACUUUGAACUUCGGUAUAUUCCAGACAUGGAAACUAGAGCGGGAUUUAUUGAAAGCACCUUAAAACCCAGUGGAAACAAAGAACAGUCUAAAAUUAUUGUAGAUGUGGAAGAACAGGAAGCUGCCACGACGGACACCGUGAUAAAGGUCUCGGUUGCUGAUUGGAAAGUUAUGGCGUUUAGUAAGAAGGGAGGACAACUGGAGUGGGAAUACCAGUUUUGUACUCCUAUUGCAUCUGCCUGGUUGGUCAAGGAUGGCAAAGUCAUUCCCAUCAGCCUUUUUGAUGAUACAAGUUACGUCACCAAUGAUGGAGUUUUAGAAGAUGAAGAAGACAUUGUAGAAGCUGCCCGAGGAGCCACAGAAAACAGUGUUUACUUGGGAAUGUACAGAGGCCAGCUGUAUCUGCAGUCAUCAGUUAGAAUUUCAGAGAAGUUUCCUACAAGUCCUAAGGCCUUGGAAUCUGUCAAUAGUGAAAAUACAAUUAUUCCUUUGCCAACAAUCAAAUGGAAACCCUUGAUUCAUUCUCCUUCCAGAACUCCAGUCUUGGUAGGGUCUGAUGAAUUCGACAAGUGUCUUAGUAAUGAUAAGUUUUCUCAUGAUGAGUACAGUAAUGGUGCCCUCUCAAUCUUGCAGUAUCCCUAUGAUAAUGGUUAUUACCUGCCAUACUACAAGCGGGAAAGGAGCAAACGGAGCACGCAGAUCACAGUCAGAUUUCUCGACAACCCGAAUUACAACAAGAACAUCCGCAAAAAGGACCCUGUGCUCCUUUUGCACUGGUGGAAGGAAAUAGUUGGGACCAUCCUCUUUUGUAUCAUAGCAACAACUUUCAUCGUGCGCAGACUCUUCCAUCCUCAUCCUCACCGACAAAGGAAGGAAUCUGAAACUCAGUGUCAAACUGAAAACAAGUAUGAUUCUGUAAGUGCCGAAGCUAACGACAGUAACUGGAAUGACAUAAAAAAUUCCGGAUAUGUAUCACGCUAUCUAACAGAUUUUGAACCAAUUCAGUGCAUGGGUCGUGGGGGGUUUGGAGUUGUCUUUGAAGCUAGAAACAAAGUAGACGACUGCAAUUAUGCCAUCAAGAGAAUCCGUCUCCCGAACAGUUGUGCCUCUGAGCAGGAGAAUGACUCGAUCCAAGUGGAGGUGGUGCGCGGAUGGCUGUUAGGAAGAAAGGGUCAGAGGGAAUUGGCUCGGGAAAAGGUAAUGCGAGAAGUUAAAGCCUUAGCCAAGCUUGAACACCCAGGAAUUGUUAGAUAUUUCAAUGCUUGGCUGGAAGCACCACCAGAGAAGUGGCAAGAAAAAAUGGAUGAAAUUUGGCUGAAAGAUGAAAGCACAGACUGGCCACUCAGUUCGCCGAGUCCAGUGGAUGCACCAUCCGUUAAAAUACGCAGAGUGGAUCCUGGCUCUACCAAGGAACAUAUUGAAAUCAUAGCUCCUUCACCACGAAGCAGCAGGUCUUUCUCUGUGGGGAUUUCCUGUGGCCAGACGAGUUCAUCGGAGAGCCAGUUCUCUCCCCUGGAACUUUCCGGAAUGGACCAUGGAGAUGCCAGCCAGUCAGUGGAUGCAGCGUACAACCUCCAGGACAGCUGCCUUACAGACUGUGACUUGGAGGAUGGUACUCUGGACGGCAGCAAUGAUGGGCACUCCUUUGAACUUUGUCCUUCUGAAUCUUCUCCCUACAUCAGGUCUAGGGAGCGAACCUCCUCUUCCAUAGUGUUUGAAGAUUCUGGCUGUGAUAACGCGUCCAGCAAAGAAGAGCCCAGAAUGAACCGACAGCCUCUUGGCAACCACUGUGCUAAUAAACUCACUGCACUCCAGCAUUCCAGUAGCAAAUCUUCCUCUGAACCUACUCUGUCUAUUUCUCCUCCAAGACCGACCACUUUAAGUUUAGACCUCACUAAAAACACCACGGAAAAACUCCAGCCCAGUUCACCAAAAGUGUAUCUGUACAUCCAGAUGCAGCUGUGCAGAAAGGAAAACCUCAAAGACUGGCUGAACAGCCGCUGCACCAUCGAGGAGCGAGAGAGGAGCGUGUGUCUGCACAUCUUCCUGCAGAUUGUGGAGGCGGUAGAAUUUCUGCACAGCAAAGGGCUCAUGCACAGGGACCUCAAGCCUUCCAAUAUAUUCUUUGCAAUGGAUGAUGUGGUCAAGGUUGGAGACUUUGGAUUGGUGACUGCAAUGGACCAGGAUGAGGAAGACGAGAUGGUUCUGACCCCAAUGCCAGGGUACGCCAGACAUACAGGACAAGUGGGGACCAAGCUAUAUAUGAGCCCAGAGCAGAUUCAUGGAAACAGCUACUCUCAUAAAGUGGACAUCUUUUCUUUAGGCCUCAUUCUGUUUGAAUUGCUGUACCCAUUCGGCACUCAGAUGGAGAGGGUCCGGAUCUUAACUGAUGUAAGAGAUCUCAAAUUUCCACCACUCUUUACUCAGAAAUAUCCUCGGGAGUUUGCGAUGGUGCAGGACAUGCUCUCCCCAUCCCCCACCGAGCGGCCCGAAGCUGCAAACAUCAUUGAAAAUGCAAUAUUUGAGGACUUGGAGUUUCCGGGAAAAACAGUGCUCAGACAGAGGUCUCGCUCCAUGAGCUCAUCAGGAACGAAACAUUCAAGACACUCCAGCAGCUCCCAUAGCCCUUUGCCAAGCAAUUAAUUUUAAGUCCUGCUCACACCCCUAACAGGUGACAUGGAAUAGCCCACCUCGAAGGAAUGUCGCUUUCAAAAUUGUGAACUUGAAAAUUUUGUACUUGCUCAGUUUCCUUUUGGACUGCUUUUUCUAAGUCCAGUUUCAACUGGAUUUUGGAGCUCAAACCUAAUUUGAGCUAACUCUUGAUUUUUGCUCUACUUAAGGAGAGGGCUGUCACUGAAUCACGUGGGGUCCUUUUCCUUCGUUGGUCUCUUGAAACUGGCCAGUGAAGCAUUACAGCCCUCACGUUUUUGCCUAGGGAGGUAACAUGUAUAGAGAGGAUUAUAAAAUGGAAAUAUUUUUAUAGUACAGAAGAAUGAGAGCCUCUACAUGUGGUAACUAACUAUAUUGUUCUAGAAAUAGAUUUUCUAGAGAUAGAGUGGUGAUUUUGAAACUGAUUUCCAAAAAAGCUGACUCCAUUUUUGUCCCUGGCGGGUAAAUGAGGAAUCUGCAUUAUUUUGGAGGACAAGGAGCACAAAAGCAUAAUGGUUUAUGUCCAGAGCUAGUUUUGUAGUGACAUUUGUAGCAUUAAAUAACUUUUAUUCCUUAGAUGGCCCUAGGGAGAAUUUAAGAGCUUUUUGUACUUUUACCUCCAGGAAAGGGGAAGUGAAGCUUUUUGUGUAAAUUGGUCAGAAGUUCUGGUUUGGGGAGGAAAAAAGCUGUAGUAUGAAAUGAAUCAUGUAUUACAACUAACUUCUUCAAUUAUGGACUUUUUAAACCUAAGGAAAUCUUAAGUGUCUUAAACAUCAUACUGUAGGUCGGUACUUUCCCAAACUAAUUACAGAUAACAGUUUAAUCAUCUAAUUUCCUAGUCUUUUUUAUUUUUCAAUGUAAAUAUGUUUAUUUUUUAUUUAUAAAAAUCCUGAACUCAAUCCAUUUGGGUUGGUGGUGUACAGAACGCACUUAAGUGUGUUAACUAUUGUGACUUCUUUCAAGUCUAAAUGAUUUAAUAAAACUUUUAAAAAUGA